UUAAUGAAGUUGGUUGAACUUAUAUAUCAUUAUCAAACUGGCAUCUCGUAGUUGUUUAAAACAUUUUGUGCAAUUUGUUAAGUAAAGGUAAAAGUAACGGAGAUGGCGUCUGCAGGAAAAAAAGGAAAGAAAAAAGGAACUGUACUAUCUUUACAAUGUUUUUUGGCAAACGGGGAUGUACCCGCUGGGACUACACAAGUAACGAAAAAAGUCAGAAAUCUUGAGGGAGAAGAAAGUGAUGAUGGAAUGAAUGCAAUGCCACUAGUUUUCCAACUACCAACCGCGCCCAGAGCUAAUCGUAUUUUUGAUGACGAUUCUGUUCCACAUAGUCCACCCUUCAUUGCAUAUUUAACCAACCUCCCAUUUGAUGCAAAGGAAGAGGAUUUGAAUGAAUUUUUUGGAACAACUCCAAUAGUAUCACUGCGUUUACCGCGUGAAGAAGGAGAAAAUGGUCGUGUACGAGGUUUUGGCUAUGUAGAGUUUGAAACUCGCGAUGAUUUGAUUAACACUUUAAGUUUGCCUGACCCGUCCGUUAAAGGCAGGAGAAUUAGAAUUGAAUUAUCCAAUGAAAAUGAACAUCAAGGUUUUAGACAAAGAGGAAACAGGCGUGGAUUUGAUGGGUAUAACAACGGUGGCGAAAAUAGAGACUCAACUAAUUGGCGCCGUGAUAAUAACGCAACCCAAUCUAAUGAUAAUUACGAUAGAAAUUUUAGUCGCGAGAGAAAAUAUGAGUCAGAUGAUAAAAAGGCUACUGGCUCUUGGAGGACUGGGACUCGAACACCCAUAAACCAAAAUCAUGGUUUAAAAUCCAGAAGGGAUGAUACCGAAGGAUUCUCUUCAAACAAUUUAAGAAAAGACGAUCAAGAAUUAGAAAGACCCAAACUUAAUUUGAAACCUCGCACGCUACCUCUACCCAUCGUCAACCAAGAAUUGGAGCAUGACAAAGAAGAAAAUGUAGAAAAUAAAAAACUUGCUAAACCAACUGGUGUUCCUUCUCAAAAAGUCUUUGGUUCUGCAAAGCCUGUAGAUACGGCAACUCGCGAAUUAGAAAUUGAAGAACGAUUGUCAGAAGCACGUCGCCAGCAGCAGCUUAAGCAUGAACUUGAUCAAAGUAUUAUAAAUGAAAAGUUUGGAGAUAUUCAACUAGAGAAAACAAAUAAAGAUAAUACGAAUUACACAACAAGCUGGCGUAGAAAAAACGACUCCUCGCAAUUGGAGCAUAGUCCAGAAAGAUCAGAUAUGCAAAAACAUGAUAACCCUCGAUUCGACAGGGCUGAGAGCCAACAAGUCAAAAACCGCGAUUAUAAUGAACAUCCGGAUAAAAACAACCUUCCUCCAAGUGAUGGAAAACCAAAAGAUGAAAAUAGGGCUAAACGAUUCACAAAAAACGAGCGCACAUUUCCAAAAUAUGAAAAUGUUACACCGGUUUUACAAACUUCAAACAAAUAUUCUGGCCUUGAUGAUGAAGCAUCAGAUUAAGCGUUAAAACAUAAUAUAUCUGAAAUGUUUUAUAAUUUAAAGUAAUAAAAUGCAUUUAUGUAUGGA